UUUUAUGAGUUUUAAAACAGGUGAUGAAAGACAUGAUUUUUAAGUUAAAUGUCCUUAUAAUCCAUCACAUUAGAUGCCCAACUCUAAAUUAUUCUAUCAUAUCUCUUAAGGAUGUUAAGAUAAAGCAAGAUUAGAACAUUUAUAUGAACAUUGUCCAUAUAAUUAUUUGCAUGUUAUUUUAAAAGCAAACAUGGAUGCACAUCUUAAAUAAUGUUCAGAUUUAAAUAAGAAUACAGAAGAAGGUAAUUUAAUGGUAGAAAUGUAGAAAGUAAUUAAAGAAUAGUAAAAAGAAUAAAGAAAAGCAUAAUAAUAAUAAUUAAAAUAAUAAAAAUAAAAUAUAUAAAUACCUGGUGUUGUUGUACCUGAUUAACCAUAAAAGAAAAAGAGAGUUAGAAAUAAAAAAAAGAAAGAAGAACCUAAAGAUAAAAAUACAGAAGGUUUACCUGUUUGGGGAGAGAGUUCAGAUGAAGAAAAGAAUGAAGUUUAAAAAAUAUGUGAAUAAUUUAGUGAAUAAUAAAUAAAUAAAUAAAAAGAUUAAGAUUCUGAUGAUGAAUGGGAUUAGGUUCCAAUUAAAUAAAAAGGAAGAAAUGGUAGAACAAAAGAAAAAGAAUGA